AAAUAUGUUUUACAAAGCUUGUUAAUUUGUCAGUAAUUUAGUUUUUAAAUGUUUUUGCUUUACAGAUUCCUAAAACGUAAGUUAGGGCAGUUAAAAUGAGACUAUAUCUUGUAUGUGUGUUGUUGCUUGUAAGUUGUGGAUUGUUAGGCGUUAUUGGUCGUUCAGUAAUAAAGAAAGAAGGCCAACCAAAGAAACAAUCGACGCUCGAUAAAGAGGUUUUGUUUGAAGAUGAAGAUUACGAAGAUGAUGACGUAUUGGAUCUCCCACCAGAGGAGCAAAAGAGCAGGUUGAAGAGUUUGGUCGAAAAGAAAAUGGACGUCAAUCAAGAUGGAUUCAUCGAUGCCAAAGAACUUCACUCGUGGACGUUGAAGGCGUUUGAUUCGUUUGAAAACGACGACGCAAAAGAAGAAUUUAGCAUGGUGGACGUGGAUAAAGAUGGAGCUGUGUCGUGGAGGGAACAUUCCGAUGAUGCUCAUGGAAAAGGGUACGGGGAGGAAAGUCCGGAGUUUGCUAAUCCAGAAGCAGAGGAGGGGAUUGAAAAGAAAGAAACAUAUUUGAAAGAUAAAAAGAUUUUCGCAGCUGCUGAUAGAGAUGGCAAUGAAAUCUUGGACCUGAUGGAAUAUUUCAACUUUAAGCAUCCAAGAAGAAACCCAGAGACGAGUCAGGUCUUGAUUGAGGAUAAACUUGAAAGUUUGGAUGCGAAUAAAAAUGGGGGGAUCGAUUUAGAAGAGUAUUUGAAGGACACAAAGAAUGCUGAUGAGGAUGAAGCUCUUGCGGAGUCGGAGACAGAGAGGUUUGGGGAGCUGGAUGGAGACGGAGAUGGUGUUCUUAGAGGAUCAGAACUCCUGCAGUGGAUUGAUCCAGAUAACUCGGAAGAGGCAGACGACGAGGCGGAUCAUUUGAUGACGGAGUCCGAUAAAGAUGAAGAUGGGAAGUUGAGUCCGGAUGAGAUUGUUAACAACCAUGAGUUGUGGGUGGAAAGCGAUGCAACUGAUUAUGGGAGGCAGCUGAUGUUGAACCAUGAUGAGUUUUAGGAUCGUUGAAACAUUUAUAAUAAUUGUCUGAACAAUCUAGCAUCUUGGACAAUACAUAGCCCACCAAAUAGAUGAUUUUUUGGAUCAUUACAGCUUUACAUCUUGUGCAGCAAUUUUUGGAGAAUACUGAUCAAUCUUGCAAUAUUAGACUUGUAAUAGAGCUUCCACUAUAACAAGGCUGGUUUUUGUUCUAUUUUCCAAAGAAAAAUAUAAAAACUACCAUCCUUAGAAUUUCAUAAAAAAUCUGACUACAUUUUUUAUUGUAAUCGUUUCUGUCAAAAUAAUAUUUUUAUGGGCUAUGUUGAUUGUUUUGUAAUAGUUUUGAAAAUUCUGUAACUUCUGCAGUAUUCUGUAUUUUCACUCCCGUUCAAGUUAUUCUGCCUAUUUUCUUCGUUAGAUUAAAAUUUCAUCAUGUUCUGAUAAACUGUUUUUGGUGCAUUCAGUAUUUUUCUUAUAACCUUGUCUCUUAAUGCCAACUAUUCUGUAACCAAUGAACAUAACCUCCACACAGGCCUCGCUGUAGGACCUCACCUAUAUAGAAUAGAAUGUGAGUAUACAAUGAUGGGGUAAUGAGCCAACUCUGGUGUAAAUCCCAGGUCCCAUGGCGUGCUUCACUGUAGGACCUCACCCAUAUAAGAUGAAACAUUACCAAACAAAAGUAAUAGCCUUGUCAAAUUACUGAUCCUAUGGCAGGUCACACUAGACCGCCCAAUUCUAAUAUAUGAUUAUACAACCUGUGUCUAAUCAUCAUUCAGUUUUCUUUGCAUGAUUAACAUCGCUCAUAAAGUAUUAUCAGCAAUCACUGUAUAAGAAACUAUUGGUUUAUAUUUAGGAAAUUGAAUUAUCAUUUUCGAAUUUGAUCAGAAAUCUCUUUUUAUACAAAUGCAUGACCUUUGGCUUAUGUUGCAUGUUUCAUAAUAUGUUAUAGCUUAUCAAGUUGUUAACCUCUGCAAUCUGAGUAAUUGUAUUUUUUUGGAACCUUUUGGAAUCAAAAUCCGUUUAACAAUUCCUGUUUUUGAACUUUGUGCUUAAUUAUUUGGCUUCAAAUAAAAGUAUUUUUUUUCAAACUAAACAACUAACUUUUUGUAUUUCAAUCUGCAG